AUGAGACUGCGGACCUCAGUACAUCACGAUAUUUUUUACGCAGAUAAGACUGGUUUAUUUUUUAAACGUUUACCAGACAAAACCUUAACAUUCAAAUUUGAAAAAUGUCACGGUGGACAGUUGUCUAAUGAAAGGGCGAGCCUUUUAUUAACAACAAAUAUGACUGGCACUGAAAAACUAAAACUUGUCCUAAUAGGAAAAAGCGCAAAACUCCGAUGCUUUCGAAGACACAACAAUAAAGAGGCAUGGAUGACGAGUGACAUUUUUUCAAUGUGGCUGUUGGACCUGGACAAACAGUUUCUACUGCAAAACCGUAAGGUUUUGUCUCUGAUUGACAACUAUCCUGCGCUUCCUGCAUUAAUCAUCGGUUAA